AUGAUUGUUGCAGACCUGCCCCCUCCAUCGACUCGGGAGCGCCCCCCUGGCUGCAGGACGGUGUUUGUUGGAGGUUUGCCGGAGAACUCCACGGAGGAGAUCAUCAGGGAGGUGUUUGAGCCGUGUGGGGAGAUCACCGCGCUCCGCAAGAGCAAGAAGAACUUCUGCCACAUCCGCUUCAAUGAGGAGUUCAUGGUGGACAAGGCUAUAUACCUGUCAGGUUAUCGGAUGCGUAUCGGAUCCAGCACCGACAAAAAGGACUCAGGGAGGAUCCACGUGGACUUCGCUCAGGCCAGAGACGAUCUGUACGAGUGGGAGUGUAAACAGCGGCUGCUGGCCCGAGAGGAAAGACACCGCCGCAAGGUGCACGAGGACCGUCUGCGACCACCGUCCCCUCCUCCCAUAGUGCACUACUCUGAGCACGAGGCGGCCAUGUUGGCAGAGAGACUGAAAGACGACCAUAACUUCAGCGAGGCCACGGCGGUAUUGUUCACGUGGAUCGACCGCGGCGAAGUCAACCGCAGAACCUCCAAUCACUUCUACUCCAUGGUCCAGUCGGCCAACAGCCACGUGCGCCGGCUGAUGAGCGAGAAAGCUCAGCACGAGGAGGAGAUGGAAGUUGCCAAAGAGGCCUUCAAGAACGCCCUGCUCGCCAUCUUGACUCAGUUCGAGAAGAUCUCUGCAGUUUUCACCGCCGCCACCAGGCAAAAGGCGUGGGACCAUUUCUCAAAAGCUCAGCGAAAGAACAUAGACAUUUGGAGAAAGCAGUGUGAGGAGCUGAGAAACGCCCACAGUGAAGAGAUCAUGGGAAUCAGACGAGAGGAGGAGAUGGAGAUGUCUGACGACGACCUGGACGAGAAUCCCUGUAAGAGGCUUCGCACUCAGGAGAACG